AUGGCACCCAAGUUAGAUGAACUGAAGGAAGCAUUAGCGUUUUGUCCGCUCUGGAGUUUUGAAAAGCGUAAGUGGUUAGGGCUGCUACUUCUUCAAGCCAUGGGAGUCUAUUGUUUUCAUCACAAUUCAAGGAUACCUUUUGAAAGUGCAAUAAGGGUAUUCGACGAUGAAGCCAUGGGGUCGUAUCCAUGGGGUCGGACUGCAUACGAAGUGCGUGUGAGGAGAAUGGUUUUGAAGGACUCAAUUGAAGAGAUGUUUCCAAAAUGGCCGGGUGAACCUGACGACCCACAACUCGUUAGCUUGAUAACAGUCAUACAUGGAUUUGUGAAAGGUUUUCGGAAAGUGCAGAGGAAUGCACAGAGGAAUGCGCAGGGGAAGGGGAAUGAGAAGAAGAAGAAAAUGAAGGGUGGAAUUUUGUCAGAAGCUGAGCCACCCACUAAGAAGCAGAAGAAAGUUAAGACGCAGAAUGAAGUAAACAACAUUGAGGGUAAACUGCUGCAACGGGAAAGGGUUCUAGCGAGGAGGAAGAUUGAUUCACGGUUUGACGCUUACGAGUUAGAACGGAACAGACCAUUGAUGGACCAGAAGACGAUUGAUGACAUGGUGAAAGGUUUAGUGGAGGAGCGUCUGAAAGUUCUAGGGAAAAUUCCCAAAAACUAUGAUAACCUCUCAAACGGCGGUGAAGAAGAAUCUUUGCCAUCACCUCAGCAGAAUACGCAGCAGAAGUCUGUCAAUAGUCCAGCGUUAGUCGACGAGACUCCUGGUAAGGAUACAGGGGUGAAAAGGACUUUGGCUGAGGAGUUUGAUAAGGAUACAGGGGUGAAAAGGACUUUGGCUGAGGAGUUUGGUAAGGAUACAGGGUGGAAAAGACUUUGGCUGAGGAGUUUGGCUACUAAGGAUGAUAAGGAUGCUAAGGUUCUAGCCUAUGGACGCGGCUGCAGGGGCAGGCGUACUGUAAAGGAUGAGGAUGCCACUGAUAAGAAAAAAGCAGUGCAGGCAGAGGCUGCGUUGAAGAGGAAGGAGAAGGCUGACGCUAAGAGAAAAGAGGCUGCGUUAAAGAAACAAAAACUGGCUGAGUUAAAGAAUCAAGAAGCCGAGGCUAAGAGAAAAGAGGCUGAGUUAAAGAAGCAAAAACUGGCUGAGCUAAAGAAGCAAAAACAUGUUGAGUUAAAGAAGCAAAAACAUGCUGGAGAGGACAGUGAAUGUGCUGUGACGAACGAUGGAGUUCUUGGGGAAGAGAACAAAUUUGCGCCUGAGUCUGAUGUCGAGAAUCAGGAAGUGGUUAGAUCUGCCGUAGUAAAGGAAUGUCGGGAGAAACGUGUUCAAUUAUCUCCAAAAGGGUUUGCAUUGAUGAUUGUUUCUUCACCACCAGUUUUUCCGUACAUUGGAGACGAUGGAACGACGUGCAUGAGGAAGAAUGUUAAGCCUUCAUCAGCAAUAUAUGACCCUCUAGCACCUAUUGAUCCGGUGCUAUUUGAAAAACUGAUGCAACACAUUAAGGGAUUUCCACCCAAACCACCAGCACCAGCAGAUAAACCAGCAGUCCUCCCAGCUGAUCAUGAGAGUGACUUCUACAGCAUACUCAUCCAUGAAAGACCGUGGCCGGAAAAAGAAUAUGGAUGGGUGUUUGAUAAUCAUGUCGGUGCAUAUAUAAACGUCCUCAUUAAAAGGUCCAUGCGAAAUCCCACCCCAUUCUGGUCCAAGCGGAUUGCCUUCAUUGACGUUUGGGUGUUAAGUUUUUGGAUUCACGAUUUCAAGCAGUUCAAGAUAAAACCUAGUAUGAUCACGUUCAAAGGCAAUGGUUAUGAAGAUCUAAUAAACGGUAAGCUUCCCCUUGAAUGUCCAACAAACUUGAAGUGGUAUGAAGAUGUGGAUCACUUGUACGGAUGUCUUCAAACCGGCGGAAAUCACUGGGUGGCGUUUCACGUGGAUCUGAAGAAGGAGAAGAUUGAUUGA